AUGCCUACAGGCGACCUCUUUGAUGAGGAUAUCAAGGGAACACCUCCCUCCCUUCACCUCCACAAUCCUCCACUCAGCCGGAUCGAUGUAGCCUACAAUGUCGAUUUUUCAAAAGCUGUAGAGACCACUUCAUUGGAUCCAAGGAGCAAGCGGGCGUUCAAGCUCUAUUUUGUUGUAAUGGUGGGAUUCCUGAAUGCCGUAUCUUCCGGAUUCGAUGGAAGUUUGAUGAGCGGAAUUAAUGCUAUGGACCAGUACUUGAACUACUUCGGCUAUGAACAAGUCGGCGUAUCAACGGGAAUUGUAUUCAUGAUUUAUAUUGUUGGAAAUGUCGUUGGCGCAUUUUUCGCAGGUCCACUUAGUGACAUCUGGGGGCGACGAGGUGGAAUGUUCACUGGCGGAUUUUUCAUCCUUCUCGGAGCUGCUAUAAUCGCCUCUGCACAGAAUACGAGCGCUUUUUUGGGCGGUCGGUUCAUUCUCGGGUUCGGAAUCUCCAUUUCUACAACGGCCGCGCCAACCUGGGUUACAGAAUUGGCGCCUCCUCAAUGGAGAGGUCGUCUCGGCGGCUUAUACAACUCAUGUUUCUUCAUUGGAAGUAUUCCGGCCACAGGAGCUAUGGUUGGCACCCAGAAGAUGAACAGCACAUGGGCUUGGCGCCUUCCACUGAUGCUGCAGAUUUUUCCCCCGAUUAUAGUUAUGUGCUGCUGCUGGUUCUGCCCCGAAAGUCCACGGUGGUACGUCCAAAAGGGUCAGCCGGACAAAGCAAGGGAAGUCCUUGUUCGCUACCACAGCAAUGAUGGAAAGACGAAUCCGGUGAUUGAGCUCCAACUCAAGGAAUUUCAGGAGGCGAUAGCGGUCAAGAAACGUGAACCGUUUUGGGAUUACAGCGGCCUAUUUAGGGAUAAGAAUAGUCGAUGGCGUAUGCUUUGCCUUGUUCUGAUGGUCAAUGGACAACUUGCAGGGAACGGGCUGAUCACAUAUUUCCUGCCUACGUUGAUGAGUAACGCUGGUGUAAAAUCAAAACAUCAGCAACUUGUCUAUAAUUUCGCAAACUCAAUUCUAUCUGCUUUUGGUGCUUUCGGCGGUGCUGCAUUGACCGACCGUCUUGGGCGUCGCAGGAGAUUAUAUAUUGGGGCUUUCACCCUUGCGGUGUUGUUAACAAUGGUCGCCGCCUUAUCAUCUGCAUAUGGUAAAUCAGACAAUGUGAACACGGCUGGCGCCAACGCUUCCAUCGCCAUGGUUUUCCUCUUCGGUGUUAUAUACAGUUUUACAUACACCCCACUGCAGGCGCUGUACUGUGCUGAGGUUUUGAGACAGGACAUACGAGCGAAAGGCAUGGGAAUCCAUAUCUUGAUAUCCAAUGUCGCCGGGUUUAUCAACACAUUUGGAAAUAGCGUUGGCUUGGAGCGUCUUGGAUGGAAGUAUUAUUUUGUAUUCGUUGGAUGGGAUCUUAUUGCGUCCGUCCUAUGGUUUCUGUUCUGUGUGGAGACCCGUGGACGUACGCUGGAAGAAUUAGACGACGUUUUCAAUUCUAGGUGGCCGGCUAUGGCAAGCGCUCGGAAGAUUACAGUUGCCGUUACAACUUUGGGUGAUGUUGACGUGUUGGAAUGA